ACGGUCACUCACUUUUUCAUUUCGUCAAAAUCAGUAAUCGAAGUGCUUAAUUAUUUGCAUUAUUUUUAACCAAACGCAGAGCUUUCCGAAAGCUGCCAUCGUCGAGUCAACAUAGUGCCAGCGCUGGCCCACGCAAAAUACCCAAUAUCCGGAGGUUAGCGGAACGGAAUAGGGAAUCGCUAAUCAAAAAUCGACAUUGAACGCAAGGGAAUUUCACAAGAUCUGCGAACAGAGGGCGGGUGUCUGCCAGCGGAGAGUGACUUCAUUGCAAUCAAACAUGAAAUUUGCUGCAACGACGACCAGAGCACGACAUUUUUGUACUAUCGCCCAGCAGCAGAGUGUGAAUAAAAUACGCCCGCAACAGCCGUCGACCUUCAUUCCGCGAUCGGAGUUGAACAUUUGCAAGCGCCGCGUGCAGCAGCUCCAGAGACAAUCGUGUAGAAUUUCCAAAAAUUGGAAGCACCAAAGCUUCUGCAUAGGUGCGUCCUGAUCAAAAUCGUUCCCAAACACAACUAGCCCCCGAGAGACAAGAACAAAGCCCGAAUUCUAACCUAAGUUGCGUUCGAAGAAGAAAUCAAUAAAUUGGUGAAAAGGAACCACGUGCGUUUAGUUGCCGCCAAAGCGGAGAGUGUAGACAUUUUUGCGGUCGUGUAGACUUUUUUCUUCUUCUUCGCCUCCAUCUUUGGACAGAAGGACACACUCGGCUACACGGAAUCGGUUCCGAUUUUUUCUUUGUUUUCUGGUGUGCCGAAGCAGGCCAAACAAUAACAAAGCAAACGUCGUCGUCGUCGUUGAGUUCAAACAAAAUACGUGAACAUCGCAAAAACAGAUCGGCUAACAACAACAGCAACAUGCCGCGACGCAACAAGAAAGCAGGAGCAGGCAAAGGCCGCACCAAUGACUCAAAUUCUGAAGACGAAUCCUUUGAUAAUGUUAGCGUUUAUUCGCACGUCUCGGAGGUUGCUUCUUCGGAAGCCACCGAUGAACUGGCCAACGAGCGCUACGAGGAGAAGUUCGAGAAGGCCCUAGAGCAGGCCACCGAGAAGUCGGCCCAGACCCGUGUUCAGGCACUUCAAGCGAUUUGCGAACUGCUCAUGCAUCGCUAUAUGCCAGAUUUUGUGGAGGACCGCAAGAUGACCCUAAUGGACUUUGUGGAGAAGAGCAUACGCCGGGGCAAGGGACAGGAGCAGGUGUGGGGCGCUCGGCUCGCCCCCCUUCUGGUGCUUCAAUUGGGCGGCGACGAGGGUUUCUCAAAGACCAUGAACCAGUUCCUGUUGACCACGGUGCAGGACAAAUCGGUGGGCUUUGAUGCUCGAGCCAAGUGCUGUACAGCCCUGGGAUUGCUGAGCUUUCUGGCCUGUGAGGAUGUGGGAGAGUUGGUGCAGCUGAUGCAGUACUUUGAGGCCAUCUUUGCCGGCAGUUAUUUGCGGGGCGAUGACAAGACCCCAGUGUCUGUCACCGCUGAGGCGGGCACUCUUCACGCUGAGGCCCUAUCUGCCUGGGGAUUGCUACUUACACUAAUACCAUCCGGUGACUUUGUUUCGCUCAUGACAACUGGUCAGAACAUGUUCCCUUCUAUCAAGAAGUUUUUGGGCCUUUUGCAAUCCACACACUUGGAUGUUCGCAUGGCCGCUGGCGAGACUAUUGCUUUGAUCCUGGAAUCGGGCCGUGCCCACGACGAGGACUUCCUGGAGGAGGAUAUUGCUGAGCUCUGCGAGGCUGUCAAGCAACUGGCCACCGAUUCGCACAAAUACCGUGCCAAGCGAGAUCGCAAGGCCCAGCGGGCCACCUUCCGUGAUGUGCUGCGCUACCUAGAGGAGGACAUUUCACCCGAAAUUAGCAUUCGCUUUGGAAACGAGUCUCUGACUUUGGAUGCCUGGUCCAUACACCAUCAGUAUUCGGCUAUGUGCACAGUCAUGGGUCCUGGUAUGACAUCGCAGCUCCAGGAGAACGAGUUCAUUCGUGACAUUUUCCAGCUGGGACCGCGUCCCACCAACACGGGCAUCAAUGGCAACGCCAAGAUCAAGCCCUCCAAGCUGGAGCGGCACCUCGUUAAUGCCGCCGCAUUCAAGGCACGUUCCAUAACACGCGGAAAGAAUCGUGACAAGCGUUCGGCCGUUGUUACCUAAAGCUACUCCAAUUAUGUUUUCAACAGUGACCCGGAAACAUUCAUCUCAAAAAACCCGAUAGCCAAGACCUCUGGACUAACUAGUUAAAUUUUAUUUAAUUUUAGCUUGAACCAGGCAGAGCGUGUAGCCAAAGCUGAAGAACUAAGUCUAAAUUUAGGAUAAUUUUUGCAACUAAUGUAACAAAAUUGUUCUAGUUUUUAAAUAUUUAAAUAUUUUUGAAUAUUUAUUGCUUAGCGCAACUGUAGUUGUGUUUCUCUUA